AUGUAUGUUGUAGAAGACCUGGAGCGUUUUCCUUGCGUAACAAAAACUGAUUUCAGCUACUAUGCCGUGGCGUUGGAUGUCAUAUCACUGCUUACAAAUUUGGCUAGCGCCAGUCGUCUGCCCAUCUAUUUAUCGUGCCAGUCGGAGUUGCGUAAGGAAGUUUACGAACUGAUGAGGAAUAGCUGCAGCAAACAUGUUACGACGAAAAAAACAAAUCUAAGAAGACAAAUACCAUUCAUAUCGCAGAACUUCCUUUUUUCCAAUAUUCUGGAAGAUACAGGACUGAAGGUGGCAUUUCUCAGUAGUGAACAACAGCUGCUGAUGUUUGAUAAGAAGUCACGUACAUUGGUGUUAAGUUUGAGAAUAAUAAGUGAGCAGCAUAACGGAUUAAAAGAACAAAGAGUCACGAGGGGUAGUGAUGCUGGCAAGGAAAAGGAAACCGGCGACAAGGAAAGCACAUUGAGGAAUGGCCGACAUGUUGCUGUGUAUGCGGAUGGCGACGGUGGUACUUUGGGAGCGAGUGAAUUUAGAAGCGAAUGCGAUGCUGCUGCUUUCAGGGAACACAAAAAAGAUGAAAAUUCAGCUGUGAACAAAUCCGGGGCGGAUGAUGUUGAUGACAGUGACGGGACUGAAGAAGAGGAUGAUGAUCCAGCGAGUGCAAUCGAAAUGCUCGGAGAAGUGACACUGCUGUGA